AUGCCUCCAAGUGCUACACGGACGCAGUUCACAAUCGAAGACAUAGACGAAUACCCUCCAUCCCCGCUGGAAGAUUUACCAACAGAGCUUCCACUCACCCAACUCGAAAAUGAAGAACACAACGAUAACGCCAGUACCGACAGUGACGAUAAUUGCAUUCAGGAAGAGGCUGUUCUUAACUGCUUCUUCCAUGUUAUGGAUGCCUUUGCCAAACGCAAGAGUUACGUGGGAAAAAUGAAGAAUAAGUCAUUUGCUGCUCCGAAGGGAACGGCAUAUCGUCAUGUUGCCAACAUCGCAUCCACGAAAACCAUCGAACAACGUCGGGUUGUGACACAACUGUACCUACAAGACUGGAGGGAGAACCGUGAUGAAAAGGCAGCUGCUGACCAUCUCGAAAAGGAGUACUGCACUUAUCCGAGAUACAAUUGGAACUAUGCAUGCACCGGUGAGGUAGGGGUAUACCCCACUAACUGCCCGAACGAAAGCUUCAAUCGCCAUGGAAUAAAGAGUGUUGCCACAGACUGCACGAAGAAUGCUUCUCUUGCCGCUUUCUUGGUGCACACAGCUCCAAGACUACUCGAAGAGGAUGCAAACAGCCGCAGUGACCCAUGCACUAUAGAGAUCCCAAGAACUGCUUCUGUUUUUGCUGUUGGUGUCACCGGUUUCGUUCAAGAAGGGCACGACAUUGUGGAACUUGGGAAGAAUGAAUACGGAAAGCCAUCCAGUUGGCUUGCUAAUAUCUCGUACAAAAUCGGCGUUCCUAUCGACCAAGCACGCAUUCGCAGAGUACGUGCAUCAAUGGAGGGCGACAAAGAAUUCUUCGAACAACUUUGUAAGAGCCAGGGAUUCGUUCCCACAGCAGACAUGCUAGCUGACAUGAUGAUGCGUGCCACCACUACAGUUUGCCAUCUUGAAUGGAAGCAAGGAAAUAUUGUGGGAGAUUGCCAAGAUUGUGUCAAGCACUUGGGAUACAGUUGCCCAGGAGCGAUAUUUCUUCGAAGCAAACACAAUCUCUUGACUUGUAGCCUCGAGAUUCUCAGAAAGACGGAUGCUAAUGCAAGGGGAGAUGCUGCAAAGGCUUUCUCCAGAGGAAAUUCGAAGAGACUUUAUCAGAGUGGUCUUUCUCGAAACACCAAGAGACGUUGCCGAUCGAAGAUGCUACACUCGUUCGAUGGGUAUUUGGCAACUCUCAACCACCAGCAACUAACCCGACUUGUUCUCUACCUGGGGUUAUUUAAGUUGGACAACAAGUGCCCCGAUCCCUUACAUGGAAAGACGUCGCAAGGACUACUCGACAUGCUACAAUCCUUUUAUGACAAUCCUAUGGGGUAUCGUGCCAUGCUACUGAGUCGACCAAAGGAUUCGACACGUUACACAGUGGUCAAGGAACUGGCUGGAAAUCUUAAACAAGCAACUACAGCGUUCCCAGGCAAGGAAAAUUCGAAGAAGAAGAACGUGUAG